AUGGAGAAAAUCACACAAUUUAUCUAUAUCCUGGGCUUUAUGUUCCUCAUGGUCACCUUCAUGAACGGAACAUCUAUACAUCGACAUCAUACCAAUCAAAAACUUCAAGAUACCGCUUGCGUGACCACGACCAUUCGUAACCAUGCAUGUCAUGGUAAUCAAUGUCGAAACAGCACAACUUAUAUUCACGGUUGUGAUACCUACGAUGGUGGUGAAUGUGAUAAUUUAACUGUUCAAUACAAUAUUCACAAUGUUAGCAGUUGGCGAAACACCACCUGUGAUCUUUAUGCUUGUCAGAAUUAUAUCUUCGAUGCAAACGAUUGCGCAGAUGCAAAUUUAACAUUUCGUUCGUGUACAAAUGGCGAUUGUCAUAGUGGAUUGUCUUUUAUUCAUGGUUGUUUCGAUAGCGGUUUUAUUAUGAAACAAUUGACUGGUCCUUCUGUUCUCGAUUUUCUUGGUAUUGAUGAUCGACUCAAAGACUAUUUCAACAUUCCUUGUAUCAAUCUUAUUUUUGAUGUUUUGAGUCAACGUCAUGCAAACAAAAAGAAAUAG